GCCUGUAGCUCAAAGGUUUUGCCGCUUUGCCCAAUCCGGUUAGCGUGGGCGGUUUCUGGAAUACCUAUUAUUCCGGCGCCGAUGGCGAAAGUGAAAAAAAAGUCACAGUCUCGUCACGUGGACGGGUUGUGUAAGUGAAUUGUCAGGUGACUUUCGGUGCUGUGAGUCGAGAAGUAAUUUGCAGCGCGAGGAUAAUUGUUAAAAAUUAAAUAAAGCUUACAAGCAAUUGAAAAUUAAUCUAUAUAUUUGUUUUACGGUUUUUAUUUUCUCUUUUCUUUCUUGCAUUCUUGUGAUAUCGCGGCCUGCGCUGACCCUCUCACACUCACAAGGGCAGUCAAGCCCUAAGCACUUCCCAAAGGAGUAAGCGAGUCCCCCCCGUCACCUUUAGGGCAAAAGUUCUCAAUUUCUCAACUUGGAUCAGCGAACCCACGGUAGUCGAAGCAAACCACCACAACAAAGUCGUCAAGAUGGUUCGUUACGCCGCCUCCGAAAUCCAGCCCGCCAAGUCGGCCCGCGCCCGCGGUGCCUACCUCCGUGUCUCUUUCAAGAACACCCGUGAGACUGCCCAGGCCAUCAACGGCUGGAAGCUCGAGCGCGCCAUCACCUUCCUCGAGAACGUCAAGGAGCACAAGGAGGCUGUCCCCAUGCGCCGCUACGCCGGUGGCACUGGCCGCACUGCUCAAGGCAAGCAGUUCGGUGUCUCCCGCGCCCGCUGGCCCACCAAGUCCGCCGAGUACCUUCUCGGUCUCCUCCGCAACGCUGAGGCCAACGCCGAUGCCAAGGGCCUCGACACUGCCGCCCUCGUCGUCAAGCACAUCCAGGUCAACCAGGCCCCCAAGCAGCGCAGACGCACAUACCGCGCUCACGGUCGUAUCAACCCCUACAUGUCGAACCCUUGCCACAUUGAGUUGAUCCUCACCGAGGCCGAGGAGGUCGUCCAGAAGUCCGAGGAGGUUGCCGGCCGCGACUCUGCCCGUCUGUCUCACCGCCAGCGUGGUGCCCGUCUUCGCCAGGCCAUCACCGCCGCUUAAAUGACGAAUAAUAACGAUCAUUUUCAAACCGGGGGUAAUUCGAAAACAAAUGGCAUUGGGGAUGGGAGUUUUGUCUUUAAGAGAACAAAAAAAUGGGACACUUUGUGACCGCUUGUAAGGAGAUCUUUUUUUCUGAGCGAUUAGAAGGAGAAACUUUGGCAACCCGCGACCUUUUCAUCUUUUGUUUCAGGUGUAUGGCAGGGUCGGCGGAGGAGCAUGGCAUUACAGGGAAACGCAUGCAAACGUCUAUUACCAUUUUUCUUUCUCAAGAAUUCUUGAUGAAAUAAAAACAAAAUAUGAACACCUUG